ACUGUGAGCCUUUGGCGGAGCUGCCAUCGGGGAUCUCCAAUGCUGGACCUUCACAGCCGUCGGGACCUCACGUACAGAAAAACACUCCCAAUGUUGCAUCGGUCGGCGAUUUAUCUCCCAAGGUGGUGGCGGAUAAGGACCAACCCACGCUAAACGAAUUAGCAAAUGUCAUGAAGCAAGUAUUAGAUGUUCUCCAGGACUCGACGAUCGCAUCGAAGAGUGGCAAGGACAAUAGGUCUCGUUUCUCGGGGGUGUACAAACGAGUCGCAGAGGAGCACGACGUCGAGUUUCUCGAGCGAUACACUACUGACAUGGACCUUUUCUCUGCUGUCAGCACAUCUCUCAUUGUCACGAUGGUGUCCAAUCUCAGUCCCGACCCCAGUAAUAUCACGAAUGCCCUUUUGAAGCAACUUGUUCAAAUCGGACCGGGCAAUCUCGCUGCAGCGGGCUCCACACUCACAGACCCAGCAUCUACGUGGUUUCCGAGCGCGCCGACCUUAUGGAUCCAAACGAUCGCAUGUGCAAGCUUGUCCAUGAGUUUGCUCGCCGCGUUCUGGGUCGUACUAUGUAAGCAGUGUAUACUCUGUGCUCAUUUCACUACCCAGGCCCUGUACAUAUGGCCGGCACAUUCGCACGACGAUCUCUUCAGCAAUUAAUCAACCAGGUUUCAGAGGUGGCUGUCUUUUGUUGUUUCGCGCGUUUCGACAAAGGUCGUGGACUCGGAAGCACAAGAGUUCGACCUGAAUUUGGAUUUUUUUUGUUGGGGGAUGAAUACGUCCUCACCCUCCCUGACAUACCCACCACCAAUCUCGAAGCACCUGGCGUCAAGUGGCUGCUCGAGACCUCUACGGAUCCUGAACUGUUU